AUGGAAGGAUCUAACGGAUUUGGGAUUGACACCAUCCUGUCACAUAGAGCCAGUAGCCCUGGGCUUUCUCAGGGGGACCCAUUGAUGGGGGAUAGCAGGUCACCCCUGGAGCUGAGCCCCAGGUCAGAAGUCAGCAGUGUCUGCUCUCCUCCACCCUCCCCAUCCAGAGAAUGUUUGGAGGCGAUCAGCACCAGACAAGGGGUCUCUCUGGCCAUCGAGUCGCAUCUUCAGCCAGGACUUUCUGCACCUUCACAAUCCAGGACUGUUACCUCUUCCUUCUUAAUCAGAGACAUUUUAGCAGACUGCAAGCCCCUGGCCACCUGCGCCCCUUACUCCAGUAAUGGUCAACCAGCCCAAGACCUCACCCAUUGCUUGUCCAGUAAAACUGUUGAGGACUUUAGGGACAAACUAGAGAAGAGCAGCAGUUCCAUGUCCUCAGACUCUGAAUAUAAAGUGAAAGAAGAAGGGGAGCGGGAAAUCUCCAGCUCCAGGGAGAGCCCCCCGGUCCGGCUGAAGAAGCCCCGCAAGGCCCGCACUGCCUUCACCGACCACCAGUUGGCGCAGUUGGAGCGCAGCUUCGAGAGGCAGAAAUACCUGAGUGUGCAGGACCGGAUGGAGCUGGCGGCCUCCCUCAACCUGACCGACACCCAGGUGAAGACCUGGUACCAGAACCGCAGGACAAAGUGGAAGAGACAGACAGCGGUGGGACUGGAGUUGCUGGCAGAAGCGGGAAAUUACUCGGCCCUGCAACGCAUGUUUCCUUCUCCGUACUUCUACCCCCAAAGCCUGGUGUCUAACCUGGACCCGGGCGCUGCACUUUACCUCUACAGAGGUCCUACUGCCCCUCCUCCGGCUUUACAAAGACCUCUAGUCCCCAGGAUCCUUAUUCACGGACUUCAAGGUGGCGCCGAGCCGCCACCUGCCUUGCCCCCCCUGACAGGAGUCCUACAGAGGGCGGCACAGCCACGGUGA